CCCCGCUUUCCUCUACCAGGCCACACCAGAGCCGGAGCUGGUGCUCACACAGGCAAGCUACCAGGCCACAACGACGACACCCACCUCGCCUCUCACACCUCUGACCAUCCACGUACUUGCAAGAACUCUUGCUCACAUCAGCUAAGAGAUUGCACCUGCUGACCUAGAGAUUCCAGCCUGUGGCUCCUAGGGUGAAAGGCAGCCGAGCAGGGCAGCCAGUAGCACCAUGUCUGUGACUGGCGGGAAGAUGGCACCAUCCCUCACCCAGGAGAUCCUCAGCCACCUGGGCCUGGCCAGCAAGACUGCAGCGUGGGGGACCCUGGGCACCCUCAGGACCUUCCUGAACUUCAGCGUGGACAAGGAUGCACAGAGGCUACUGAGGGCCAUUACUGGCCAAGGAGUGGACCGCAGUGCCAUUGUGGACGUGCUGACCAACCGGAGCAGAGCGCAAAGGCAGCUCAUCUCACGAAACUUCCAGGAGCGUACCCAACAGGACCUGAUGAAGUCUCUACGGGCAGCGAUUUCUGGCAACCUGGAGAGGAUCGUGAUAGCUCUGCUGCAGCCGGCAGCCCAGCUUGACGCCCAGGAAUUGAGGACAGCUCUGAAGGCCUCAGAGUCUGCUGUGGAUGUGGCCAUUGAAAUUCUUGCCACUCGAUCCCCACCCCAGCUGCAGGAGUGCCUGGCAGUCUACAAACACGAAUUCCAGGUGGAGGCUGUGGAUGACAUCACGUCUGAGACCAGUGGCAUCUUGCAGGACCUGCUCUUGGCCCUGGCCAAGGGGGACCGUGACAGCUACUCUGGAAUCAUUGACUAUAAUCUGGCAGGACAAGAUGUCCAGGCACUGCAGCGGGCAGAAGGACCUAGCAGAGAGGAAACAUGGGUCCCAGUCUUCACCCAGCGAAAUCCUGAACACCUCAUCCGAGUGUUUGAUCAGUACCAGCAGAGCACUGGGCAAGAGCUGGAGGAGGCUGUCCAGAACCGUUUCCAUGGAGAUGCCCAGGUGGCUCUGCUCAGCCUAGCUUCGGUGAUCAAGAACACACCGCUGUACUUUGCUGACAAACUUCAUCAAGCCCUCCAGGAAACUGAGCCCAAUUACCAAGUCCUGAUUCGCAUCCUUAUCUCUCGAUGUGAGACCAACCUUCUGAGUAUCAGAGCUGAGUUCAAGAAGAAAUUUGGGAAGUCCCUCUACUCUUCUCUCCAGGAUGUAGUGAAAGGGGAUUGCCAGUCAGCCCUCCUGGCCUUGUGCAGGGCUGAAGACAUGUGAGACUUCCCUGCCCCACCCACCCCACAUGAUAUCCGAGGAUCUGAGAUUUCCGUGUUUGGCUGAACCCGGGAGACCAGCUGGGCCUCCAAGUAGAAUAACCCCUCACCGAGCACCACAUUCGCUAGCUUCUUGUUGAGGCUGGAACUGUUUCUUUAAAAUCUCUUAAUUUUCCCAUCUCAAAAUUAUAUCUGUACCUGGGUCAUCCAGCUCCUUCUUGGGUGUGGGGAAAUGAGUUGUCUUUGAUAGUUUCUGCCUCACUCAUCCCUCCUGCCUCACUCAUCCCUCAUACCCUGGCCAGAACAUCUCACUGAUACUUGAAUUCUUUUGGCAAACUUCACUGUUGUUUGUGUUCCCUGAUUGAAGGUUGGGUGGAGCAGGACAUGGACCGGGAAGAGGCAUUGGAGUUGGAGGUGCCUUUGAUGUGCACUUGGCUAUUCAGCAGGAAUCCUGUUUUGCCUUAGUGCUACAGUAAUCAACACCCAGGUCUCCCUCUCCAGGUCUUCCCUCACCCUCAUUCUCCAGGAAACUUCAGGCAAAAUAAUUGAGAAACAGGCAUUAGAACAAGGUGAGAAAUAGAGGGAGCAAAGGACCAUCUGUAUGAACUGGGAAGCAAGCGGAGGGCCAAGCUACCCUCCCCAGCCUGGGAAUUCUUGGGUUAGUGGAGAGCACAACCCUCAAAUUCAUGUGUCCAAGCAGAGAUUUGGAAACCCACCUCCCAUGAGAGCACUACUUCCCAUAGAAAACAAAAACAAAAACAAAAA